AUGAUCGCACUGUCUAAUUUGAAAAAGAAUAAGAACAUUGUUGUAUGUAAACCAGAUAAAGGCUCUGGUGUAGAAAUUCUAGACAGAGAAGAUUACAACAGCAAAAUGCUAAAUAUUUUGAAAGACAACAACAAGUUCUGGCGCUUGGAAAAUUGCCAGAGUGCGAUAAAACUAUCCGCCAACGGGGCAGAGAGACCACGUAUGCAUUCUAAUCUAACGAUGUGUUCUUUCGAUGUAACUAGUCUCUUCACUAAUGUGCUCUUAGAAGAAACCAUUGAAAUUUGUGCUCAAAAUCUUUUUCACUCGGACAUGACUUUGCCGGACAUGUCUGAGAAUGCCUUUGGAGAACUAAUGAUGGCUCCCACAAAGGGUGUUGAGUUUAGUUUUGAUGACACCAUGUAUAAACAAAUUGACGGGAUGGCUAUGGGUUCUCCACUUGGACCGGUUCUUGCAAAUAUUUUUGUUGGCUAUCAUGAAUGCAAAAUGCUUGCAUCUUCAGAUUGUCCGGAUGUGCUGUGGUAUAAGCGUUAUGUGGAUGACACUUUUUCUUUGUUUCAUAACGAUAGAAAUCGUGCACUUUUUCUUAAUAAACUUUGCUCUCUUACUCUGCACUAA